AAUAAAUAAGAAGUGACCGUUUUGAAGAAUCGCAGAACUUCACGCGAUCUCAACCUCCAUGUUUGCUGCUUUAUAUUCUUUUUUCUUCGAAUUGUUCUAAAUUCCCUCCUUCCAUUCUCGAUCUUCCCUCCUCCUGUCUUUUUUCCCCUUUGAUUGUCUUCAGAAAUUAAGCACAGAGAAAUUAAUUAAUAAAUAAGCAACUUACAAUGAUUGCAAAAACCUUGUCAUCAACCCUCAAAUCUGGCACUUAUCGGGAAGUUUGAUUUUGCGCUUUUGAGGUGUUGAUGCGGGGAUAUAUGUGAAGAGAGCCUUGGAGAUGGUUAAUGGAAGUAACAUGGAUAUGUUGCCAACUACUGGAAGUGGUCUCCAGAGUUCCCAUGGGGAUUUGCAAGAGAGCUUGCAGAGGGAGCUUGAAUUAAUACUGCAAGAGCAACGCAAUCAACAAAUUAAUCAACAGAUUCUUGGUCGAGAAAGGGAUCUUAGCAUGUACAGGAGUGGCAGUGCACCUCCCACAGUUGAGGGAUCAUUAAGUGCUGUGGGCAGUCUGUUUAUGAACUCUGACUUUAAUGACUUGAAUAGUCUUAGUAAUAGUGAUAACAAUCAAUUUUUGUCAGAAGAUGAGAUACGCUCACACCCAGCAUAUCUUUCCUAUUAUUAUUCUCAUGAACACGUGAAUCCAAGGUUACCUCCACCUUUGCUGUCAAAAGAGGACUGGCGUGUUGCACAAAGGUUUCAGGCAGGAGGGUCUUCUUUUAGCAGUCUUGAGGACUGGAGGAAGAAGAAGGUGGAUGGUGCUGAUAGCUCAUCACUCUUUGUGAUGCAGCCUGGACUCUCUGUGCAACAAGCAGAGAAUGAUCUAAUGGAAAUGAGGAAUGCUAGUACAAACAAUCUUUCCAGAAAUAUGUCAAUCGAAUGGCUUGGUAGAGGCUCAGAUGAUUCUGUUGGAUUAUCUGGUACUGGUCUAGGUCCAAGGAGGAAGAGUUUUGCUGACAUUGUUCAGGGAGGAGUGGAUCGAAAUGCAUCCUUACCAGGCCACCCUUCACGCCCUUCGAGUUGUAACUCAUUUCGUGAUAUGGUGGAUACAACUGUUGUAUCUGAUUUCCACUCAGCUGGGUUAUGUAAUGGAUUGCAGGCUGUAGAGACAUUGCACUUUGGAGCUGCUCCCCCUGCGUGGAUGGGAGUUCAGGGCCAUGCCCCAACUGAUUCUCACUCAUUGGCAUCUGCUGUAGGUUCAUCAUUGUCAAGGAGUACAACCCCUGAACCACAGCUAGUUGGGAGAUCUCUUGGUCCUGGUCUUCCUCCUGUGGGAAGCAGAGUUGUAGCUACUGAAAAGAAAAAUGCUAUUGGCUCUAGUGUUCAAAAUGGUCAGUCUGCUGGUGCAACUGAACUUGCUGAAAUUGCAGCCUCGUUGUCUGGCUUGGCCUUGUCAAAAACUAGACAAGUAAAUGAAAAUUGUCUUGUACAGUCAAAGCUUCAAAUGAAUCUUGACAGUCAAUGUGAUCUUAUAUCAAGUAUGCCCAAUGAUAAAAAAUGCAGUCUCCAGCAAAUCAUAGAGAAUUCUUGUUCUGAGAAUCUCCCAUAUUCGACCAAGUAUGGUGGAUUAUUGAGGAAAAAUGGAAUGGUAGCGAACCUCAGUGCUUCUGUAAUGGGUUCCAAUGGACAAAUUAAUAUUCCAAAGAGAACUUCCUCCUUUGCGAAUCUGUACUCAAGAACAAAUUCUUCAGGCCUUGGAAGCUUUGAGGGAUCUAGUGUUCAUAAUCAAAAUGCAAAUUUUGCUAGUAUGGACUUUACCGAGCAUGUACCUGGUACAACUUCAACUGUUAGUGGAGAUGGGCAAAGUUUGAACAGAUUGGUAAAUCAAUUAGGUUCUGAUGUUCAUUCUCCAGUUACAGACCCACGCUAUAUUCAACACUUGCAAAGAACUUCUAACUAUGCAACACGUGGUCCAAGUGAUCCUUCUUUUAUUAGGAACCAUGUUGGAAGUUCACAUGGAGACUUGGAUGGCCUUCAAAAAAUGUAUCUUGAGGCAUUGCUAGCUCAACAUAAUCAACAGUAUGAUCUGCCUCGUUUAGGUAAAUCUGGUGGUCUGAAUCAUGCGUACUAUGGGAAUCCAUCGUAUGGUCUUGGUAUGCCAUUUCCAGGGAACCCCAUGGCAAAUUCUGUUCUUCCUUCUCUUGGUUCUGGAAGAUUUAAGAAUGACCGAGUCCCUCGAUUUCCUUCAAUGAUGAGAAGUCAAAUGGGAGGAUCCCCAGGGCCAUGGCAAUCAGAGGUUGGCAAUGCUGUGGAUGGUAGGUAUAUGUCUUCGUUAUUAGAUGAGUUCAAGAACAAUAAAGCUCGAUCUUUUGAACUUUCAGACAUUGCUGAUCAUGUUGUUGAAUUCAGUACGGAUCAGUAUGGAAGUCGCUUCAUUCAGCAGAAACUGGAAACUGCCACUGUGGAAGAAAAAAACUUGAUAUUUCCUGAGAUUAUUCCUCAUGCUCGGACUUUGAUGACAGAUGUUUUCGGGAAUUAUGUUAUACAGAAAUUUUUUGAGUAUGGAAUGGAAAAUCAAAGAAGAGAACUAGCCAGCCAACUUAUUGGUCAUGUUUUGCCUCUGAGUCUUCAAAUGUAUGGUUGCAGAGUAAUUCAGAAGGCAUUGGAGGUUGUGGAUGUGAAUCAGCAGACCCAAAUGGUGGCAGAGCUUGAUGGUGCAGUGAUGAAAUGUGUUCGUGAUCAGAAUGGUAAUCAUGUCAUCCAGAAGUGUAUAGAGUGUGUCCCACAAGAUCGGAUCCAAUUUAUUAUCUCAGCUUUCUACGGGCAAGUUGUUUCUUUAUCCACACACCCUUAUGGCUGCCGUGUCAUUCAGAGGGUCCUGGAACAUUGUCAUGAUAUAAGCACCCAACAAAUAAUUAUGGAUGAAAUCAUGCAAUCUGUUUGCACUCUGGCGCAAGAUCAAUAUGGGAAUUAUGUUAUUCAGCAUGUGCUAGAACAUGGUAAACCACAUGAGCGUUCUGCAAUCAUUUGCAAGCUUGCAGGACAAAUUGUAAAGAUGAGUCAGCAGAAGUUUGCUUCUAAUGUUGUUGAGAAGUGCUUAACUUUCGGUGGCCCUGAGGAGCGCCAACUUUUGGUGAAAGAGAUGCUUGGUUCUACGGAUGAAAAUGAACCUUUGCAGGCAAUGAUGAAAGAUGCAUUUGGAAAUUAUGUUGUGCAAAAGGUUCUUGAAACAUGUGACGAUCAAAAGUUGGAGUUGAUUCUUUCUCGAAUCAAGGUUCACUUAACUGCCUUGAAGAGGUAUACUUACGGUAAACAUAUUGUUUCUCGAGUCGAAAAGCUUAUCACAACUGGAGAACGGCGCAUUGGAUUGUCAUCCUCCUCACAAUCUGCUUGAUCCAUUAAGUCUUGAACAAGAAGGUGGCACCUUUUUCAUUGCCUUUGCCGGUAGACUGCAAAAAUAAAGGGCAUAGCUUUUGUACAGCUAACAAGGAUGUCAAGUCAUCCUAAGACAUUACUUUAUGCAAAUAUUAGUAGUUGUAAAUAAGUACACGGAACUAGCAAGCAGAGAAAUAAGAUGUUUUUUUCUUGUUGAUUUGUAUAUGCAUCAAAUUACUGUAAGUUGAUUGAGAACUUUACCAGGAGGUUAUGUCAGGCAGACGAGAUCAGAGAGCUGAGUUAUCUUAAUUGUAAUUUUAAAUAUUUGCCUUCUGGGAAAGUAUGUGUAUAUAUAUACGCACAUACACGAACCAGUCCUACAAUCUGUAAAGCAUAAUAUAGAAACAUGUUAGUAACUGAGACAUAGUAUACAUAUAUAUGGAAUAGGAAUCUUCAAUGUUAAAAAAGUUAUGUA